AUGCAUGUCGAGCAGACUUUCAUGAUUGAAGUGUUUUGCGGCUGCGCGAUCCUUUGUGCCACGGCUAAACAGCAUGGCCUAGCUGGAUCAAUUGCAGUUGAUAAAGAGAGGAAGAAAGGUGCUCGUAGUUCUGUGUUCCAACUCGACCUCAGGAACUCUGAAGAUCGCUUGUUGCUGGAACACUGGAUGGAUUCACCCCUUUUGCUGUGGAUGCAUUUUGCACCUGUUUGUGGAACGGCCUCAAGGGCCCGAGAGAUUAGAGUGCAUUGGUCAGAUCCGAGACCACUGCGCAGCAAUGAAUUUCCGCAUGGGCUGCCAAGCCUAUCCGGGAAUGACAAGCAACGUGUUCUCAUCGCAAAUGACCUCUUUGAAUACACUUGCAAGCUUUUCAAGAAAGCAGUACAAGCUGGCAUCUUAGCAACAGUUGAGAACCCAAAGAAUUCAUACUUUUGGGUCACGGAUUGGUUCUUGCACCUGAUGAAAACCUGCAGGUUGUUUGUCGCUGACUUCCACGUUUGCAUGCUCGGCGGCGCUCGAAACAAGUGGACCCGCAUUGUGGCGAAUUUCCAAGAAAUUCAGCAGCUCUCCAUAGAGUGUGACAAGUCUCAUGAUCAUGAAUCUUGGCGCUUCGCCCAAGACUCAGACGGAAAGCGAGUCUGGGCCACAAGCCUAGAAUCAGCAUACCCCCGAAAGAUGUGUAUUGCUCUUGUGCAAUCUGUACUUCAAGUUGCCCACUCGUUCGGCUUGAUCCUGCAACCGCAAUCCAUGAGAGAUAUUCAUAAAUCUAUGCUGAAAGCCCAGGCUGCCCAGGUGUCCAGCGGCCUUCAACCCCGACGAAAGGUGCCACCGUUGGUGCCUGAGAGCAUGAAGCCUUAA